CAGACGGAGCGCACCUCGCGGGGGCUCGGCGCGUCCGGGGGGCAGCUGCUCGUCUCCGAUGCCCGCGAUCCCUGCUCCCCGGGCCCUCGCUUCUUUCUCUUUAGAGGAGACUCUUUGCGGAAAAGCCAGCGAUCCCGCUCCCCUCUCCCCACGCAGACCCACUCCCCACCCCACUCCUGCCCCUUACCGCGGCGGCGUCUCCCGUGCCCUCCGGCCCCCAGAGCGCCGCGGCCAUGGGCAUCCGAGGCAUGCUGCGGGCCGCCGUGCUCCUGCUGCUCAUCAGGACCUGGCUCGCGGAGGGAAACUACCCCACUCCCCUCCCGAAAUUCCACUUCGAGUUCCCCUCCGCCGUGCCCGACGUUGUUCGGAACCUCUUCAACUGCAAAAAUUGUGCAAAUGAAGCUGUGGUUCAAAAGAUUCUGGACAGGGUACUGUCGAGUUAUGAUGUCCGUCUGAGACCGAAUUUUGGAGGUGCCCCUGUGCCUGUAAGAAUAUCCAUCUAUGUCUCCCACAUUGAACAGAUAUCAGAAAUUGAUAUGGACUAUACAAUCACCAUGUUUUUUCAUCAGACCUGGAAAGAUUCACGCUUAGCAUACUAUGAGACUGACCUGAACCUGACCCUGGACUAUCGGAUGCAUGAGAAGCUGUGGGUCCCUGACUGCUACUUUCUGAAUAGCAAGGAUGCUUUUAUGCAUGAUGUGACUGUGGAAAACCGUGUGUUUCAGCUUCACCCAGAUGGAACGGUGCGGUAUGGCAUCCGACUCACUGCCACAGCAGCUUGUUCCCUGGAUCUGCGUAAAUUCCCUCUGGAUAAGCAGACCUGCAAGCUGGAGGUGGAGAGCUAUGGCUACACUGUUGAAGAUAUCCUGUUAUCAUGGGAGGACAAUGACAGUGCCAUCCACAUGACUGAGGAGCUGCAUAUCCCUCAGUUUACUUUCCUAGGGAGGACAAUUACUAGCAAGGAGGUGUAUUUCUACACAGGUUCCUACAUGCGCCUGAUUCUCAAGUUCCAGGUCCAGAGGGAUGUCAACAGCUACCUGGUGCAGGUCUAUUGGCCUACUGUCCUCACCACUAUUCUCUCCUGGAUUUCGUUUUGGAUGAACUAUGAUUCUUCUGCAGCCAGGGUGACAAUUGGCCUAACUUCGAUGCUCAUCCUGACCACCAUUGACUCACAUCUGCGGGAUAAACUCCCUCACAUCUCCUAUGUCAAGGCCAUUGACAUCUAUAUCCUCGUGUGCUUAUUCUUCGUGUUCCUGUCCCUGCUGGAGUACGUCUACAUCAACUAUCUUUUCUUCAGCCGAGGACCUCGGCGCCAUCGUAGACGACGAAGGAGGCCACGAAGAGUCAUUGCCCGCUACCGGUACCAGGAAGUGGUGGUGGGAAACGUGCAGGAUGGCCUGAUUAACGUGGAAGAUGGAGUCAGCUCUCUUCCCAUCACCCCAGCGCAGGCCCCCUUGGCAAGCCCGGAAAGCCUCGGUUCUUUGACAUCCACCUCCGAGCAGGCCCAGCUGGCCACCUCGGAAAGCCUCAGCCCACUCCCUUCUCUCUCAGACCAGUCCCAGCUGGCCACUGGAGAAAGCCUGGGUGAUCUCCCUUCCACCUCAGAGCAGGCCCAGCUCAGCCAUGGUGUUCAAUUUCAUGGUUUCUGGGAUGAUGACAGUAUUAUUCCUACCGAGAUCCGCAACCGUGCUGAGGUCCAUAGGGAUGCUGAGACAGAAGAUUCCGAGGACUCCGAUGACUCUGAUGAAAGCUUGAGCUCGGAUGAGAGCCACGGCCAUGGCCAAGGCCCUGGUGGGAGGCCCAUGCUUCACCGUGGCCAGGGGUGUGUGCAAGAAGCAAACCGUGACCUUGAUGACAUCCAUAGCUUACCUGAUGAUGUCAAUAUUGAGAGCAGCUGCCUUGGCCUUGAGGAGAAUCUCAGACGUGACACUGAUAGUAUCUGGAGCCUGGAUGAUGAUGAGCUCAUGGCUGGUGGCCAAGAGAAGGAUAGUAGCUCAGAGUCUGAGGAUAGUCCUCCCCCGAGCCCUGGGUGUGCCUUCACUGAAGUGUUUUUCUUCAGUGUCUUUAACCCCGACUACGUCCCUAGGGUUGACAAGUGGUCCCGAUUCCUCUUCCCUCUUGCCUUUGGGCUGUUCAACCUUGCUUACUGGGUAUACCAUAUCUAUUAGUCCUCGGACACCCAGAGCAGCAGGGUCACCAUGCUGUGUUCCUUUACAGUUUCUUUUGGUUUUGUUUUCCUUUGUUGCCCUCUUUCCUUCGUUCAUUUUAUUUUGUGGGUUUUGGUCAUUCUAAUCAGUUCAACACUUCUCUUUAUAAACACGGGGUGGGGGUGAUUAGAAAGAAUGCCUUCUGGCUGGAAGAGAAGGAGUUGAUGAGAAGUCGGAGGUAAAUAGCACAUUGAUUUCCUUUCCUGCUAGAAGGCACUAGCCUUUUCAAAGACUUCUCACACUAGCAAACAUGGAAAAGCCCCUGGAAAGGUUUAGAGGACAGACGGGAACCAGGCUGGGGGAUGGGAAUGAUCUAAGCCUUGCUCACAAACAUUUCUGGGGUCUUUUCUGUCCCCCAAUGUGUCACCAUUUCUUUUUCAUGACUUUUUUCUUCUUUUUUUCCUUCUAGGGUUUAUGGACCUUGCUCACCCUCUGCUAAGGGCUUAGUCAAGCUGGGUUGGGCUGGGAUGCACAAAAGAAGAGCUAGCCAUAACUUGGAAGUACAGGGAAUUGGCCAUAGGAAACUUAGGGAUCAUUUGUAAGUGCCUUUUCCCCACUAUUUUUGCCGUAUUUAGAGCAUGCAGUUUGGGAGGAGAAGAUGGGUGGGUGAGACUACAGAAUACGAUGUCAGGGUAAGUGACAAAGCACCCACCCAACAGGAGCUUGCAGUGGGCAGGGGGCAAUGUCAGGUUGGAAAUGAUACUGUUGAGCUGGCCUCUUUGGAGGAACUGGAAUUUCUCUUGCCUGUAUUUCUGUUUCAAAGUGCUUCACACUAAGGGCUUAAUUCAUCAUACAUUUAAGUCAGGAGACAGCUUGCUAUCAGCUGCUGAUUUGAUUGGUAAUCCCAGUGUAAGCACUUGGUUUAUAAACACUAGGGUUAGGGAAGUUCGGACUUGUGAUUUCACCAUCUGACCUAGACUAGCAGAUGAACAUCUCUUGUAAAUUUAUAUACUAGUCCUUUCUAUUUGUCUAGGACAUAGUAAGUGCGAACAAGCUCCCUGACCUACCACGUUAUUGGAUCCUCACAGGAGCCCUGUGAGCCAGGAAAGGCAAAGCACAUUGUUCCCAGUGUUGCAAAGAAAACAAGUGGACCUUAGUACCACGUUUGAGGACAUGCAGUGAGUGAGUGGUAAAACCACCUCACUUGCUCCUCCUUCUCCUUAUCCUAACUCUCAACCAAAGUAUUUCCCUUCCUUCUCUCCCCUUUACAAAAGGGAGUGCUCGGGCAGAGUCUGCCUCUCUAUCAGGCCCCUAACCCCAAUCCACAGCGGGUGUCUCUGCAGAAACUAGCUGGUGACCAGCCAAUGAGCAGAUGGAGAACAUGGGCACUGCCUGCCCAGCAGGGCCUCUUGCAUAAGUAAGACUGGCCUACACUCCAACUUGCCAAGCAGCUCCAGCUCAUUGAUGGAGGCCAUAAGGGAGUAAGCUUCACUGAGCACUCCACUUGUACCCUACCUUUUCCUUCUAAAGCCUCUCUUGCAGCCCCUCACCCCUCACCCCUCUACCCACCUACCUGUUAGGUAUACGUCUAUGUUUGUGUUUCCUUGUAUGCCUGGGUGUGUUCAUGUGCAUCCAGGUAGGUCUAUGCACAUACAACCAUUUGAUAAGCUGUGUGGUACUGUGCCUCUCUGUGUAAAUCUAUUGCUAUGUGUAGGAAUGUAUCUGCAACAAUGCGUGGAUGUGUGUACAUGUGUGUGCUUGUAUGUAUACGCGUGGUGUAUGCUGAGUGUAAAUACAUGGCUGCGCAGCUGUGUGUACCUCAUUUGAAUGAGUAUGAAAGGAAAUAUACAGCAUAUGUAUUCUCUGUUGGUGACCCUUCCAGAAGCACCAGAAUUCCCUUGGCCUGUUCCCACAGGGGAUUCUGGAGGUGGCCCUUUGGCUUGGCUGGUUAACUGUUCCUUUCCAAUUCCCUGUUCCAGGGAGUAGCAUCUCCUGGUUCCCUCCCUCCACUCAUCUGUGCUGUCUUCUGGAGAGAAGAUCCAGAGGAAGUGAAUGUAGCCCAAAGGAGUGGUAAUUUAGUGCCUUCAGGUAGGAAUUGCUUGGUCCUUAGGAUCAGCUGCAAGUACAGACAGAGCGAACAUUUUGCUUUGUCCUGAGAGAACAUGUUUGGGAGUAACAGGCGGGGGGUGCAGGAGGAGCCUGAAAGAUGCAUUAAGAACAGAAGUAUAGUAUAAACAAUGGGGUGAGAGGGCCAGUGAACUGGACAGGGAGUUGUAUAUGGUCUUUAUUCCAAUUGCCUUAUAAGACUGACACAUGUGUGGCAGCUAGUGGCAGCCGCAGGCAGGUGAUGUAAAGCAGCCCCCAUGGACUGUGGUGUUAACCCACUAGGGGAUAGGAAGCAUUUUAGUAGCCCAUCCUGUGAUGGUUAUUGGCUGCUGGACUCCAGCAACGGGCCUCACAUGUUCCACCUUAGACUUGAAGUCCUGAAGUCUCCACUUGCACCCUUCCAGGGAAAGUGAUAGAAGGGAGAGAGGGAAGUGCAAAGGUGCCCCAGGGACUGCCUGCUUCAGUGGGCCUAGCCUGUCUCUUCCUCCCUUCUACACAAGCAUAUAGCUUUUCACACUUAAACACACCCAAAUGGACCCACACUGUCACCCAUGUGUGCAGACACUCACAUAUGGCCACACAUAUUCACAUGCUCACAUACACGCACAGAAAUCUUAUAGGACAAUUGAAAGCAAGAAAGUUGCCACCAGACUAAGAUUGCCUCUUUAUUUUUGGACACCUCACAGAGAGAUCCAGGUUGAGGGGGGAGCAGUAGCCUCACAUCUGGUGCUCCAAACAUGGCUAGAUGGUUGAUAGACUUGGAUUGGGGUCUCUAAGGACCCUGGAAGGACUUUGAGCCCUGAAGGGGCAAGCAGUUGAUUUGGGUUGCAGUCAUAAAGGGAGAUUGGAGCAGGGGGAACAAAAAGAGUUCUAAGAUGUAUCUGGCCCAAUGAACAUGAAGCCUUCACAGUACAGGGGAAGGGUGGAAAGACCAGUUGUAAAUACUCUAGAUCCACACAGCUAUCAUAUUAUACCUUAUAAAGAAUAUCUUGCCCUAAUGUGCUGCAAUAAGAGCAGCUGAACUCUGCUGCAACUCGCAUUCUGUAGGUUAAGUGUCAAGGUGAGGUGGAGGUUUGGCAAUGACACCUUUUCAAGAACUUGAACCUUGUGAGUUUGUCAUUGGUUUAGUUGUUUGAGCCUGAAAAUUGCCAGAUCUCCCCUUGUCAAAUCCUGUAUGUGGUCUGUCGUCUGUGUCAUUGAGCCUCAUCCUCAGAUGUCCCCAGCCCCUCCCUAGCAGCUGACUGCCUCUGUCCCCUCCCUUCCCUCUCUUCACAAGUAACUCUGGAAGUAUAGAGCAUCCAGCUGGGUGUUCCUGGGGUACAGCCCAGGAGUCUUUGUCAGCCCCAGCCAAUCAAAGAGUGCUUAGUAAUUUGGAGCUUGGGCAGCAUCUGAGAUGGAGUGACCCCAACUUUCCUCCUCUACCCACCUUCCCUCUCAUCCACUUUCCCCCUAGAAUCCUUUCCGUGCCACUACCACAGGAAGGACACCCCUUGUCUUUCCAAAGUGUUGUUUUGGUGUGGGGAUGGGUAACAUGUUUCCUACCAAGUUCUUGCCCAUUCCAUCUGCCACUGUGGGGUGCCUUUGCGCAGGUCAUGGAUGAUCUUUUGGGACUUAAUGGAGCUUGUCAAAUGUAUUCUUACAAUUCUUGUCAUCUUGUUAAUAGCAGGGCUGCAAAGUCUUUGCAUAUCUAGAGCUGAUUUUUGCUGAGACUGUAGCUAUUCCUAAUGAGGUUUCUUUAUUCUGUAUAUACAAAAACUAACCCAUUGAGCUAUUAACUAAUGAAUGCAUUUACUAAGCUAUCUACCUGCAUGGUCCCCUGCUGUGGUGAUGUGCAGUAACUUUCUAGCUAUUCUGUAGCCCAACAUCAAAGGAAAUCGUGACUUGUCCUACUAAAAGUGCAGUAUGUUCAUGUUUGUUGUAUAACGUCCUGUGACCCAUAUGAAAUCUGUUUUAUCACUGUUGGGGAUUCAGGGGAGGGAGGCGGGAGGGGGUUAACGUAGCUCCCUGAUACACUUACCUUAUGAAGUAGCCCCAGUUGGUCGGGGUCACUCCUAUUGACUGAAUUUGCGGGAGACUUUGCGCCCGCCACCUUGCCGGACUGCAUCCCCAGGGUCAGUAGUCAUCAGCUGAGCUGAAGGUGCCGAGUCUAGCACCACCUGCCUGACAUCCAGCAGUGCCAGCAGAUUCUUCAGAGAGCAGACGAAGUAGCGUAAAAUCACACAUGCACACAGGCCUUCAGGAGCAUGCUGUGUCCAGACUGAAAACCAAGAAAAGAGAAGGAGGACCAAAACGAAGUUGUCCUGGAUGGCCUGACCCAGAAAGGGGGCACAAAGCCACAGAGCCUCAAGAAAUGACUGGGUGCCUUCUUUGUCCUCAUUCGAUGUACAUUCUUGCAUGAAAAAGACCUUGACCAGCCUGGACUUCAAAAAAGUAAAACUAAGACAUAUAAAAUUAUGCUUCUGUGAAAGAUACUGAAAUAAAAUACUAUCAAUAGCCAAAAGAACAAUAAAUAGGUAU